CUCAGUGCGCUUUGAAACUUGAGACUCAGAUCAGCUGUGAGUGUGAAUCUCUCCGGACACUUUGAGAGAGACCCGAGCCUCCAGACCUCCAGACCUACUCUCAGGACCCGCUGCUGAGAGAGACCCGAGCCUCCAGACCUCCAGACCUACUCGGAGGACCCGCUGCAGGAUUUGGGAUUUCUUUUUUGUUUGUAUGUUUUCAUCCACGGACUGUCUCCUGCGCGUCUUUGUCAUUGUAAUGCCGGUGUGAUCUGUGCGCGUCUGGCUGAUCGUCGCUUUGCAUUUCAGCGCAAACACACACUCUGAGCAGCUGGAAUAAAGACGCAGGAGAAACGUGGAUCUUUGUGCUCUUCUCCUUUCCCUCUGGAUUGAUUUGAUUCCUCCGUGUUCGCUGUGAGUUUCCCUCGAGAAGCUGGAGGAUGUUGCUCCGCUGCCGGAUCCCUCCCUCCUGGUCCACCUGUAGGCUUUUCUUCUGCUUUUUGUUGCUGCUCCAAACGCCCCGGUCCUCCUCUCCGCUAAUUACAGGUACCGAGGCCAGCUGUGAGAACGAGGGAGAAGUCCUCCACAUCCCCAACAUCACGGACAACCCCUGCAUCACCUGCGUCUGCCUGGAGGGUAAGGCGGACUGUAAGCAGGAGAAAUGUCCUCUGGUUUCUGAGGAUUGUGCUCUGGUGGUGAAACAGACCGGCGCCUGCUGUGAGCGAUGUAAAGGUUGCUUGUUGGACGGACGAACUUACAACAGCUCAGUUUCCUGGACCACCUCCACCAAACCCUGCAUCAACAGACGCUGCCAGGAAGGUGUGAUCACUGAGGCGGACGUGCAGUGUGUCGUUCACUGCAGGAACCCCAAAAUCCACCCAAAGAAGUGCUGCCCCACCUGCCCCAGUUGUAUCUUUGAGGCUCGUCUGUACAAAGAGAAGCAGGAGUUCAGUCCUGAGGGCAAACCCUGCAUCAAAUGCUCCUGCACUGGAGGGCGGACUCUCUGCAUGAGGGAGGUGUGUCCCGUCCUCUCAUGCCCCGCCCACCUCAGCCACACCCCCCCCGGACAGUGCUGCUCCAGAUGUCUCGGUCAGAGGAAGGUGUUUGAUCUGUACUCAGGAAGCUGUCUGUUCCACAGUGAAGUGUUUGAGAACGGCACGUCCUUCUCACAAGACAACUGCACCACCUGCACCUGCAAGGAUUCAACGGUGGUGUGCAACAAGCAGUGCUCUCGUCCUGGGAGUUGCCAAGGCGACCAUUGCUGUGACGAGUGUCUGUCCUACGUGAAGGUGGAGGAGGUGAAGUACUGCAGAGUCAGAAACAAGAUCUACAGGGAAGGAGACAUGUGGUCCUCCGUUAACUGCACUCUGUGUGCCUGCGUCAAAGGAAACAUCGAGUGUCGGCCCAAACAGUGUGUGCCAAUCAGUAGCUGCCCCUCGAAUAAGAUCCUGAACAGGACCGGCUGCUGUCCCGUCUGCACUGAAAAGCCGGGUGUGUGCACGGUGUUUGGAGACCCUCACUACAACACCUUCGACGGCAGGACCUUUAACUUCCAGGGCACCUGUCAGUACGUCCUGACUCGAGACUGUGGCUCCGCCCCCUCUGGAGGAGCAGGGAACUCCGUCAGCGGCACGGACUCCAGCUUCAUGGUGUUGGUGAAGAACGACGCCCGGCGGACGCGCUCCUUCUCCUGGACUCAGUCGGUGGAGAUCCGGCUGGGCGGGCUGGUCCUCGGGCUCCACCAGCACCUCACGGUCCGGAAGAACGGGACCCGCAUCGCCCUGCCCUACCACGGCCCCGGGGUGCACAUCGACCUGGACGGGUACCUGCUCAAACUCACCACCAUCGCAGGUCUGGAGAUCACGUGGGACGGUGACAGUUUCGUUGAAGUGGUCGCGGCCCCCCACCUGAGAGGACGUCUCUGUGGCCUCUGUGGAAACUACAACGGCCACAAGCGUGACGACACCAUGGGGGGCGACGGGCAGUUCAAGUUCGACGUGGACGAGUUUGCCGAGUCGUGGCGAAUGGAGGGGAACGAGGUUUGCACCCAGCAGCCCCCCCCCCGCCGGCCGGCCUCCUUCCUGUGUCCCGGCAGCGUCAAGGUCAAAUUCCGUGCUCAUCGAGAGUGCCAGAAGAUAAAGCUGUGGGAGUUCCAGAAGUGCCACCGUGUGAUCGACUUCGCCCCUUUCUACAGGUCGUGUGUGACGGACAUGUGUGAGUGUCCGGUCCAUAAGAACUGUUACUGUGAGUCCUUCAUGGCGUACAGCCGGGCCUGCGAGAGGGAGGGAGCGCCCGUCGUCUGGAGGGCCGACACCUCCUGCAUGGCCACGCAGUGUAAACACGGCGCUGUGUACGACACCUGCGGCCCCGGCUGCACCAAAACCUGCGACAACUGGAACGAGAUCGGUCCGUGCCACAAGCCCUGCGUGGCCGGCUGCCACUGCCCCGCCAACCUGGUGCUGUUCCAGGGCCGCUGCAUCAAACCCACGUCCUGCCCCGGCCGGUGACCCCUGACCCCGGAGGGAUGUGGGGGGGGGGGGGCAGGGCAGGUUAUAGAGACAGAAUAUAAAGAGGGCCAAAGAAGCAGAAAAAGGUCUGAUGUGGACGGAUCGGAUGGGAUACGGUACUCAGGGUCCAGAUUGAUCUGAUUUAGACAUUAGAGGGAUUUGGUGAAGAACUUCCUCCAGCCUCUCGUCCCGUCACGAAACCAAUUUCUGCCCCCCGGAGUUUACAAUUUCUCUAAGGGGAAGAACUGAUGAGAUAAUCCCCUAUGUUUUGGAUAUUUUACGUUCUGCUACUCCUGAGGAACGUUGGUCCACGCUGCCAUGGACCCUCAGGAAACUACGUGGGCCACUGGACUCCUGUUCGAGCCAAAAUGGCGUCCACAUUGUCCCUCACAGACACUCAAAAAGUGAGAAAUCUGCAUUUUGGAAUAAGGAGAUUUUGAUGCCUCCCUGUUGCAUCAUUUCAUACUGUAAGCUAGCCAGAUUUAUAUGAAAGACAGACAGCUUUUAUAUUAUUAUUAUUAUUAUUAUUAUUAUUGUUCUAAUUAUUAUUAUUAAUAUUAUUAUUUUUUGUUGUUGAUGUUAAUUUAUAUAUCGGUUAAAAUGACAUGUCGUAGCAAGAGCCAGAAUCAUGAGUAUAAUUGCGUUAUAAAUGAUUUUUAAAGGGAAACAAAAGCUAUUUAUGUAUUUGUUGUGUACUCUUGUGUUUCUGUUUGAAGAGAAAAGCCCAAAUGUGACUCAGUUGUUGCACCAUCGCAGGGAAAAAGUACUGUAUUGUAAUAAUAAGCCACGUGUACAGGUCGUUGUGGUUCGUACCAAACUGAAGGUGUUUACCGAGCAUAUGUUUCACUUGACGAUGAUUAUUUAAGACCAGCAAUAUAAUCUUUUAUCGAAGUUCA